ACCAUUUCCCUGUUUCUCAGUGAUCAACCACUCGUAAUUUCUCUGUUAAAGAAGUUUACUCAACUACCCUCUUUUCUCGAUCAUUGUAUGUCUUUAUCUUAAUUUUCCACAGACAUAUCUGACUGUGAUAUAUUUCAAUGUGUUCAGCAAUGAACACUCUACAGCACUGACGAGUAUGUGUCAUUUUACAAUUCACUGUGCACGCAUAUACGAUAAACAAUAGACAGAUCAAACAGCUGACUCCAAGAUGCUUCGGUCGGCAGAUUUGUUGCGAUUGUGUGAUCACACGCCACGAUUUAUCUGUGCAGAGGUAACUGCAGCCCUCAGAUUUGAGCAAUUUUGCUCAAACUAUACACUCCAACUUCCACUUUUGUGCACAUCUCAUACUUCCACAUAUCUUCCGUCUGUGGAGAUGUGAUGUGUAUGGGCAUUUGUGCAGACAGAUGGUUGUGUGUGAAAGGGCUUUAAAAUAUUAGAUCCACUAGCAGAAAGUUGAUGCAGACAGAUGGUUGUGUGUGAAAGGGCUUUAAAAUAUUAGAUCCACUAGCAGAAAGUUGAUAUAAGUUUAUCUUUACCGUUGGUUUCUCUCACGCGGGAGGUGGAGUAUCUUUAAGGAUAUGGCGAGUGCGUGCUGAUCUUUGGACUCGUGGGAAGUUAACGUCUUUGACACAUUGCGGCAAAGUGAGUUUAGUCGUGUUGUGAGGAGUAGGUGUCAUCUUAAAAGUGUCAUUCACGGGUUGCUACGAUGGCUGAUGAAUAUACCAACGGGGCUCCAGAGAACGGGAAUGUACCGGAGAUUGAACUGAUCAUCAAGGCAUCAACUAUCGAUGGCCGCCGCAAAGGAGCUUGCCUCUUUUGCCAAGAAUACUUUAUGGACUUGUACCUGCUGGCUGAACUCAAAACCAUUAGUCUCAAGGUGACAACAGUUGACAUGCAGAAACCUCCACCUGACUUCAGGACCAACUUCGAAGCAACACCACCACCAAUCCUUAUUGAUAAUGGUUUGGCUGUAUUGGAAAAUGAAAAGAUUGAACGGCAUAUCAUGAAGAAUGUUCCUGGUGGCCAUAAUUUGUUUGUUCAGGAUAAAGAAGUAGCUACAUUGAUAGAGAACCUCUACAGUAAAUUGAAGCUGAUGCUAAUUAAGAAAGAUUCAACAAGCACCCACAGUCUCCUAUCACAUCUUCGCAAGAUCAAUGACCAUUUGGCUCGUAAGGGUUCUCGCUUCCUCACAGGUGAUACGAUGUGCUGCUUUGACUGUGAACUCAUGCCUCGACUGCAGCAUAUAAGGGUUGCAGGGAAAUACUUUACAGAUUUUGAAAUUCCAAUGGAACUGACAGCACUGUGGCGCUAUAUGUACCAUAUGUAUCAGUUGGAUGCAUUUACACAGAGCUGCCCAGCUGACCAAGACAUUAUAAAUUACUACAAGCAGCAUAAAGUGGAAACCAAUAAACCUGGAGCAAUGAAAAUGAAGAAACAUGAAGAGCUAGAAACACCUACAUUUACAACAUCAAUUCCUGCUGAAAUAUCCCUUGAAGAUUAAACCAGAUGCAGUAUAUGGGAAAGUGAAGCAGAAGUUGAUCAGUGCAUUUAUUUAGUAGAAUGAAUAAAUUAAGGUGUAGCAGCCAGUGCUGCAGGACAUGAAGUGAACCGUCAAAUGCAUCUUAAUUUUUAUUUUUCUAUGCAUUUACGGCUGUGCAUUUAAGAAUUUUCUACACAUCCCGAGAUGCACUAUGCCAUUUUGCUGAAGUUGAAUAAUUUUGCCAUUAAAGUAGAGGACAUUUACAGCAAUUGUUAGUUCUAUUGAAUUUCUGAGGCAGUGACAUGGUAGUGUAUUUGAUAAAUUGGUUCAUUUACUGUGAAUUAGUUCACAAAGCUUUUUUACUUUGUGAAUAUGAAAGGAUUGUCUUACUGACAGUCAAAUGUGGCACCUACAAUUUGAUAUUCAGUUUUUCUCAAUGUUUUAUUCAAUAAUACAAAUUUUUAUUUUGCUGGAAAGCAAUAAAGUUCAUUAUAUUUGUAGAAUUUUAAUAUACAGUAUUUAAGUUGUUUUCCUGUGUGUAUAAAACAUCACAUGUUUUGUGUCAUUGUGUGAACUGUAUUUAAGAACUUUUGUUUCAUUACAUGGAAUUACUAAAAUUUGAGUUCUUUGCUGUUUGAUAAAAAAAGGAAAACAUGAAUUUUAAAUCCAUGUAAUCUACUACUAAUCAAAUACAUGAACAAUUGAGUAUCUAACUCUUUAUCAGCAGUUGUUUGCUCUUUAUAUUGUUAUACAAUUUGAAUAUAUUGUAUAUUCAGUAACUAUCUGCACUUCAGACAGAUUUAUAUAUGCUGUGCUUUCUCAAAAAUUAGUUAUCUAAUUCAUGUUACCCUCCUUUACCAAGGAAAUACUUUUUUCUGUAACCGUACAGUGUACAGAUUUCAUUUGACACUGAUGCUGUUUUCUGCUAAGGAUAAUGUAUUCUUGAGAACAUCUGUCUUCCUGUCACUGCAUUAUAAUUUUUCGUCUUCAUGAUAACAUGUCAUUAAAACAAGUGUUUGGAGAAAUUAGUGAUGAACUCAGACACAGGAUUAGUCAAAGCACAAAUAUUGAAGUUCAAAUCAAGAUGUUCCUGUUUAAUGGCCUACUCCAGACAUUAUCCCAUGUACCAUGAUUUUGUGCCUUCAUGCUAAAAGAAUGGAGAGCCUAAUUUGGUAUUAUUCUAUAAUAUUCUCGAGCAGUGUCUAAGAGUACUUACUUUUGUAAUAUUUGCUGUAAGACUUGUAGUGGCGCAUUGAUAGAAAUUUUAGAAAUUAAUUUGUUUAAAGGGUAACUGUCUGCCAAAUUCCUAACCAACAGUGUUUGGCCUGUAAAUAAUGUAUUUUAUAAGAAUUUCAUAACACAUUGUACAGUGUCCAUUAUAAAACCAAAUUUAAGGCUUCAUUGGCAAUCUGUGAAUUGUCAAGUUCUCUCUUCCACAAAUCCAUAUGUUUCUUACAGAUUUAAUCUGUCCAGUGUAAUGUAUACUUUUUAAUAUAAUUAAAAUGUGAAGGUAUUUGUCAGAAAUGACACCAAUAAAAUUUAUAAAAAAUA